GGUCAUAGUUUCCAGGAGCUAUGGCGGCAGGGUCUGAGAAAAUCCGAGGUAAGCAGGAUGGAUCUCACGCUCGAGGAAGACGAGAUCUUCCAUCUCGGCCAGGAGCUAGGCUGGCUAGUGAUUGGGACAAUGCCCGGUCGAUCUGGUUGUGAUCCGGAAUUUGCAACAGCAGGACCGCCUCGUGAUCGGCCGAGCCCAAAGUCAAGAGGAUGAGACACGCCGGUCGAGCUGCGGCAAUCAGUGCAGUGAGCCGGGGAGGAACUGAGAUCCGUCCGGGCUAAAGGCGGGAGUCGAUUUUCUCCACGCAAGAACAUUAACCCCGUGUCGAGCAUCAUGCGAAGUUCUUCCGGUGAUAGUGGUAGCGAGGGCGUUCCAGUGCACCCUUUUGGAUUUGGAUCCCGAGGCCAUGCUGAGCAUCGCCCAGGCUACCGAUGGCAGCCGUCCAGCACGCGUUGGUGGCACAGGAAGUGGAGGUCUGUGAUUGAAGUGGAAGGGAUUUGCUGGUCGAUUGUCCAUCUCGCAAUUGCGGCUCAUCGUUCACUCGCAUCUUCUUCUUCUGGCUGGAGGCCGUCCCGAUCUUUUUUGCCGCCCACUCCCAAGGAAGGCAAUGGCGAUCUCGUCGUUCGUUACAAUGGCCGGCAACACAAGCAUUACAUUCAUUAUCCUCGCUGCCAAAACUGCAUUGCAAAUCUGCAUAGCCACACUGAUGAAGCUGGAAAUAAAAAGCAAGGAAAGUAGAAUGUCUCCGCUGCUGGUUAAGCCCAAGUAGGAUACUCUCUGUGGAACGAUAAAAGGUCCUUUUAUCUUUUGCUUUCUCGUCCCUGGUUAUGAUAAAGAGCAAAUAG